AUGGUAGAAUAUUGGACUCUGGAUAAGUUUGAAAUAGGAAGGUUACUUGGGCGUGGAAAGUUCGGGCAGGUGUGGCUUGCAAGAGAGAAAGAAAAAGGGUUUAUAGUUGCUUUGAAAAUCAUUCCAAUUAAGGAGAUCCAAACGGCUGAGACAGCAAGGCAAAUCCGGAGAGAAAUAGAAAUACAUUCCAAUCUGAAGCAUCCGAACAUCCUUAGGAUGUAUGGACACUUCCACGACAAGGAUAACAUAUACCUGAUAUUAGAGUAUGCAGGAAAGGGGGAGUUCUUCAAGUUCCUGAGCGAGAAGGGAGGCAAGUUUGGAGAGAAAGAGGCCUCCCUAUACAUAAGACAGGUGAUACUGGCUCUGAUGUACAUGAAGGAAUGCAAUGUGAUACACAGAGACAUAAAGCCAGAGAACUUACUUCUUGGAUCGGAUAACCUCCUCAAGAUAGGAGACUUUGGAUGGGCGGUCUACAAUGCCGAUAAGAGGAGAAUGACCUUCUGCGGUACAAUGGAGUAUCUUGCGCCAGAAAUGGUCAACAACAGCAUACACGACUCUGGAAUAGACUUGUGGUGCUUGGGAAUCUUAACAUACGAGUUCCUCAUAGGGAAAACACCAUUUGAAAGCAAGAACAGGAACAUGAGAGAGGCUUACAAGAAAAUCAACUCAUUGAAAUACUCGAUUCCAGAAACAAUCAGCUCCAAUGCCUCGGACUUUAUCUCUAAGCUUCUUAUGUUAAAUCCCAGUGACAGAAUGAGGCUUGCCGAAGCUUUAAAUCAUCCAUUUAUUGUAAAGCAUCAUGGAAGGCCAGACGAUUGA